AUGGCCGACGCACAGCCAUUUAACACGUUCAGCUCGAGCAGUUCUCCGAUGCGACGUGCGCCGCGCGGGAAUCGGCUCGCUGCCGCCACCGGUCGGCUCACGAUCGCCUAUUGGACACAACGUUUUCGCCUCAGCACAAGCCCCGUUCACACGAAGUUAAAAGUUUUCGGAGCCACUACAUGGGGCAUAACAAGAACACAACUUAAAGAAAAAUUGAACUAUUUAGAUGAGCAUAGAACAAUUGGAUCUUUACCUGAAGUGUUAAAACAAUGUGAUUACAUUGUUAAUGUUCUGCCAUCCACCCCCAAUACCUUGGGUUUAUUAAAUGGGAAUAUGUUAGAGAAUUGCAAAGACCGUGGAGCUGUUUUCAUCAAUGUAGGUCGAAGUAGUAUUAUUAAAGAAGUCGAUUUAAUAAAUGCUAUUCAGCAACAAUGGAUCUCAGGAGCAAUAUUGGAUGUUUUUGAAAAAGAACCACUGCCAAAAGAUAGUAAAUUAUGGACAUUACCACAUGUUACUCUCUCACCACACAUUUCUGGCGUAACUCGUCCUCAGGAUGUUGCAAAUUUUUUUGCUAAGAAUUACCAGAAAUUCGUUAAAGGUGAAGACUUGUUAAACAAAGUAAACUUACAUGAAGGUUAUUAAUUAUAUUAAAAUAAAUAAUUUUCACAAUCCAUAAAGCUUCGUAAGUAUUAAUGUAAAAAUGGCUGUUUUAGUUGUUUAUUAUAUACAUUUCUAUAUGUAUAUAUAUAUUAUUAGUAGUAGUAAUAAUGUUAUAAACUAUCCUUAUAAAAUAGUUACUCUGUUUCUUGGCUAACUGGGUUUGAACAGGACUUUAAACCACGAAUACUGAGAUCAUAAACUAUUUCCUCCACUUUUUUAAGAGAAUACUUUAGGCCAUCAAAACGUUUUCUUAGAGCAUCAUUUUUUAAAUUUAGAAGUCUGAAGCCAGCAUUUAAUUCAUUCAUGAAUCGUGCAAUUUCUAUAGGUCUAUUAUAAUCCCCAUUUGUAACACUAUUUACUGCAAAUCGACUCUGAAAAAAACACAUGAAAUAAACAGUUAUUAUAUUUAAAAUAUAUAUUAUACAUACCAAUUCUUCAGCCAAGUGUAAUAAACCCAUUAAGUAGUUUUCCAGAUCUAAGUGGAAACCAUCUUCUUUGUUGUUUUUAACUAUACAUUAGCAUAACAGAAUGCAGAUAAGCAUUGAAACAUUAAAUUGAAUAUAAAUGUAGCUUAUAAUCACAUACCUCCCAACAUCUCUGCAACAACUUCUUUUGUAACUAAAACCUUAAUCUCUAAAUAAAUUACUAAUGAAGCUAAGAAACAUAAUCUUUGUGUCACAAAACGCCACUGAUCAUGAAAUCUAUAAUAUUCAUCUUUCGGUACAACUUCUGCAAGUUUUGCAUAAUGUUUACGCACAUCUUCGAAUAAUUUUCUGGCUCCUGAGCAAUAUUGAGAUACAACUGCGAAAGAAACAAUAAUAAUUCUUUUGACUAUGUAAGAAUAUAUGAGGCAUACACAUACUUAUAUUCUCUUCCAAGUUAUUUUCAUUAUGGAUGUUCUGUAAUAACAUCAGAAUGUCUCUGGAAGACUUUUCAAGAUCUCUCACUAUGAUACGGAUUUCCUUCAGCAAAAGAAAAUGAAAUAUAAGUGAUUUCAUAUAUUGAUUAGUGUACUUACUUACAUAUACAACUUUUUCAAAUUCAAAAUUAUAAUGAAAAACAAAAUGAAUUUUAAAACAAAUUCUAACCUAAAACAUACAAACGAAGGAACAUGAUAUAAAAUACUUUCGAUUACUUGUAAUUUCAAAACGUGUGGAAGAAAUGGAAGAUUUAAUGUUCCAAAUAUAUGUGCUGAGCUUAUAUCUUGUACAAAAGUUGUAUUAAAAUUGAUUAAUAAUAUUUAACA